AUGGAUGGCACACCGCUGCCAAACGACAUCCACACAGAGUUUCUCUAUUAUCUUCAGAGUGAUGGUAUUCGCAGAACGAACUUCGAGGGGAAAGAAUUCUACUUUCCAAGGCAAAUUUCCCGAUGGCUCCUUCAGAAAGGGAGCAACGCAACAUCGAGUAGAGCUGCGCGGUUGUUUUCCGCGAUUUACGACAAUCGAGAAAGUUCUACUGGGAAAUUCUUUCCUACUCUGAAAGACAAAGAUGUUGAACGCGACCCCAUCUUAUUCGCAAUCUUGGUGCAAUUGGAGUGUGGCCAUAUGCUUCAUAUAUUCCGCAACUCAAUAGCGGACAGCCACCUCGGUUUCCACAACUUGUCUCAUCUAUACACCGACAUCGAGCAGGCUUUGAAGGAGGACAAAGUCACACUCCCGAAACGAUACAAAAGCGCAGGCUACGCAGGUGUCACCAGAGACUUUGAACGCCAACGUUGGGCCUUCCACCCAGCACUCAAUGUCCUGGACAUGGUCGAGGUAGGCAUCGAAGGGAAAAGCAUCUUGCCAUUCUUUGGCUGCGAGAUCAUAAACGAGGGAGGAACUGCCGAAGUACAUCACCACAAGAUUCAUGUUGACCUGGUGGAGUCCGACAACUUGCGGCAGAUCUUGGAGCCCAGGAAGCAAGAUCACAAAACAGGCAUAGAAUACUAUGAAUUUGCUGUCAAGACAUAUCUCAAAGGUUUUGAUGACAUUUACAAGUUGGAGAGUGACGCGUUCAAGGGGUUCAACGGCACCAAAGACCCGAGGUCUCUCGGUGUGGUCACCUAUCUGGGAGAAUACACUCGCCAUGAUCGAGGAGACGACGGCGUAUCUGCACAAGGUGUCACACGCCACAUAAUGCUGGAGUUCGGAGAGCAAGACCUCGAUGAGUACUUGGCAGCUACGUUACCCCCUGUUCUUAAUGAGGAGAUUAUUGCCUUUUGGGGGAGUCUGUUUGAAAUCGCGAAAACUCUGGGACGAAUCCACCAGCUAGAGCGUGUACGUGGAGACAAGGUCCAGAAAUACGUAGGAUGGCAUGGAGACAUAAAGCCAGAUAACAUUCUGCGCGUGCGAGGCGAAUUCAAGCUCGCCGACUUCGGUUUCACGCGAUUCGAAAAGAGUGUUAUUGGGAAGCCUCAAACAACACAUAUGUUGGGGGGCACCAGAACGUAUGGGGCACCUGAGCGAGACAAGCCAGCCGGAGAGGCGAAGAGGCUUCAUUCAACAACAAUUGACACAUGGUCUUUAGGGUGUGUCUUCUCUGCGGUAGCGACUUGGGUGGUCCUCGGCUCCCAAGGGUAUGAAAAUUAUGGUGAGAUGCGAGCGAUGGCCCACAAAAGACUUCGCCAGCGCCACAGUCAAGACUCUAGUGUGAACGUUUCCAACUGCAGCGACGCAUUCCACGAUGGCAUCCAAGUCCUGCCUGCCGUUAUCAACUGGCACGAAUAUCUUCGGAGUUCUUCGCGAAAAGCAGACACCAUCACCUGUCGCGUGCUUGACCUUGUCGAAAGCGGGAUGCUGGACAAGGACCCCGACAAGCGGUUGGAAUCAGCCGCCCUGUGUCAGAGGUUGGAUCGAGUCAUAAUCGAUGCUAAGACCGAAUAUCAAAACGAGCUAAACGUCGGUGCUCUCAGACGUCAAUCACCUGAAACGCUCAGCGCUCUUCUUGAGCUUGAUAAACGAGCACCGAAGUCCGCAGAGCCACGAUCCCGGUCUACAGCGAAUGACCAUGGCAGCAGAAAGGAAGACACGGCCUCAGGGCCGGCCAACGGUUCACGGCUUGGAGUUGCGAGAAGCAGUCGCGUGAAGAAGUCAGAGCGCAUUGACAAGAUUCUUCGCGGCAAGAUCGCAAAUCGAGAAGAGGUCAUUGGAUCCGGCUACAAUACUGAAACCAUUCACGAGCUCUCUGGAAAUGAUGAGACUACAUGGCAUAGAGUCAACAAAACGGAACCUCGGCCUCUUGCGCCCAGUUUGACACCCAUAACCUCAUCCGAGGUCCCCCGAAUCGCAGCUUCAUCGAACGCCGUACCGAUCAGCCAGGGAUCAGCAUCACCAAUACCAACCAUCAUACAUCCCGAAGCGGAAGGUGCAGAAAAUUUUGAUCUGGUGACAUCGGGGCUAUUGGGCUCAGAUCAAAGUCAUUAUCAGAGGAGGAGUACUGUCAAUCCUAUGACAACUGAGAAAUGGACACAGAUCAACGCCUUGUAUGAAGAGCCAUCACCUGUGCCUCCGCCCCUCAAAACACGCAGCUCCCGAGCGCAACGUGGCGCUCUAGAGGUAGAAGGGUCCUUCCCGUUCCAAACAGUCGAGCUCGAUGCUGCGUCUUCCGCCAUUCGGCCCAUUAUUCCAAGUGAAUCAGCAUCAGGAACGUCCUUCGGAAUCCCAGACCUUGUCAGUCCGAUAACUCCGGUAUCACCAAUACAAGGACCACUUCACUCCAACACCCAUUCUCCUGGCCCAGUGCCACGCAGACACACGUUUCGAAGCCGACAAGAAAUCCCAAUCGUUCAGGAAUAUGACCGUCUACUUGGGUUAUGGAACAAAGCUAGAGGUUCAUGGUUUACUUUGCAACGAGAAGUUCCUCAAGAAACCUUUCUUGCAAAUUUUAUUGAAGAUAGGGACGUUAUAUUCGUGGUAGACAAUGCUGCGAGCAUGAGUUUCCACUGGAAUAAUGUCACCACGACGCUUCUGGCAUUAGCGAUGAAAAUCGGUACCCUGGAUAAGGAUGGACUAGACUUGAUGUUCACCGCCGGCGAAAGGCACAAUGUUCUUGGCGCCACAGAAUGGAGCAUACCCGAAAAGUUUCGCAAGUCCUUGCAAGCGGCUGAGCAGAGCAUGCAUCCUCGUAACAAGACUAACAUGGCCACGACCUUGUUGAAAAUCUUCGACAAGUACGACAAUCACCGCAAGAAGCAAACACUCAUAAUUCUCACGGACGGGUUAUGGGAGGGAUCUGACACACUAAACGACGUUGAGACCACCAUCUCCGAAUUUAUCAAGAACCUCAAGAAGGACUUGAAAAAGUCGCAGCUUCGAUGGUUUACAAUUCAAUUCGUGUCUUUUGGGUACGAUGAUAGGGCGCUGCAACGUUUGCAGUCACUUGACGAUGAACUUGGAAAGUCGGCAGGACUUUUGGCUAACAUCAUCUCGUUGUACAGGGAAGAUGUUAUUGAUUGGAAGCCCUGGGAUUCAAAUGAUGCCGACUCACUCAUCGUCGGCAGCAUUGACCCACAACUGGAUUCUCAAGACCCUUCAUGCUCGUCUCCAGACCCAGUGCCCCGGGCACUAUCAUUCCCACAGAGCCCAACGCCCACACUGAGUCAUAAGUCCAAGACGAAGAAGCUAGUUUCGGAUACACUUUAA